CUGCUGGAUACGGGUGCUGAUGGUAGUUUUGUUUAUGCCAAGUUGGCCGAUGAGCUCCACUCAGCAAGUCAUGGCGUAGUCACCAUAAAACUCAGGACAUUCGGUGCAGUGACGGCAAAGGAAAUUCGAUGCAUCGAUACGGAGAACAACGUGAACUGCGGCUCUUUACGCAAGCUAUCCUGGCACGUUUACUGGGGGCAAACUUCAAAGGAAAGAUCUAUUCUUCAUACAAAAAAAGCGUAUAAAGUUGAACAUUCCAGACCAUGGAGUUCUCCAUCCCCUAGAUCCGUUUGGAGCACCCCACUUCAUGUUGCCAUCGAGGCUCGCACUUGUACUCACGCGAUUAGGGAACAGGGUCUCUGGCGAGCGCCUCAUCCUUAA